GAGCCCCUCUAUGCCUCAGCACGCAGAGUGGAGCAGACGGCAACAGCCACACAAACACACUCCCCUCUCAGUUACAUACACAGUCUCACACACACACACACACACACACACACACACACGCCGCUGUCGCCGCCGCCGCCGUCGCCACCAGCGCCACACACACAUGCACAGCACACGCGCGCACAACCGCUCGGCGACGGCUGUCAGGCGCAGUGGGAAGCGAGCCGUCGGGAAGAGAGCCUGAGAAGAAAGAGGGGCAUCACAGAGGGGAAGAGCAGCAAAGAGAAGAGAGUUGGAGGGAGCACCUUGUGGAUCAGAAAGGAUUUUCCUCUGUGCGAGUGCCUGUCUGGAUAAGGCUAUCUGCUUCUUUCCUGAGCGAGAGGACUUUUUGCCAAGGCUUUUUUUUUUUCUUCUGUUUUUCCUCAUCCUCCACGCUGGACUCCAGCGAUAUCUACCUAUCUAUCCCUGAAGCUUAACAAAAGAAGGAGGGAGUAAGAGACAGCGAGGGGGGGAAAGCAGGCAGUCACAGCUUCAGCUCCAGACCACCCUCCUCCUCCUCCUCCUCCUCCCUUCCUUCUCUCCUCCUCUUCUCCCUCUAGCUCCACAUCCAUGCGUGAGUUCGCCGCUGAUUUCACUGUCUUUUGAGGAUAGAGCGGAGGCUGGCGCGCGUUCGUCGGGAUACGGCUGAGCUCACGGUGGGAUCAGGGUCUCGUCAGGAGAGAGAGAGAACGAGAGAGAGAGAGAGAGAGAGUCGAAGAACGAGACAGGGAAGCGGAGACACAGGACGAGAGACGCUUGAAAGCCAAGUGAGGGGCAUGUUCAGGGCAACAGAGAAGAAGAAGACUGAGCCUGAUUUUUAGAGCGGAGAGUGCAAGGAACCGGCAACCAGGUCCCAGUUACUCCUCCUCCUCCCCAUAAUCGUCUUGUCUUUCCCUCUCUUUAUUCCCUCUCUCCGUCUCUCUCUUCAGUCCCCCUAUUGUUUCCUGCGUUGCCUGCUGUUAUCAUUUCAUAGCUUCCCCUCCUGCACCUCCUCCUCGGCUCUCGCCCCAGCCUUCCAGCGUCUGCGUCCAGACCGGGGUCCAGCGAGGUGCUCCCCGUGCUCCCGGACAAGUGGACAGAGCAAAAUCUCAAGCGCUCGCUCGCCCGCUGCCCUUGCGUCGGUCCCUCGCUGGGCGUGUUGGGCGCACGCCGCUAUAGGAGCGCGGCGCUCGCUCUCCGCGCCUCGGAGGCAGUCGUGUGACGGAACCGGGCCGGUCCCUCGGACCGCUCCAGCGCCACCUGCGAGCUUCUAUCUCCAGCCUUCAGGACCUUCAGUUGGAUUCCAGCUACAUGGGAAAACGUUUGGAGCAGCAACCAAUGUACCCCCACUACACCUACUACUACCCCCACUAUCUCCAGACCAAGUCAUUUGCUCCUGCGCCUCCACCCAUGGCUCCGCCCAGCCCAGGCACAACGGGAGGAGGAGGCGGUGGAGGUGGAGGUGGAGGAGGUCAAGGAGGAGGACUGGUGGAGCAGCUCAGUAAGACCAACCUGUACAUCAGAGGCCUGCCACCUGCCACCACUGACCAGGACCUCAUUAAGCUGUGCCAGCCAUAUGGAAAGAUUGUGUCGACGAAGGCCAUCCUGGACAAGAACACCAAUCAGUGCAAAGGCUACGGCUUUGUGGACUUUGACAGCCCUGCAGCGGCCCAGAAGGCUGUGGCCUCGCUCAAAGCCAGCGGCGUCCAGGCGCAGAUGGCCAAGCAACAGGAGCAGGACCCCACCAACCUUUACAUCUCCAACCUGCCGGUGUCCAUGGAUGAGCAGGAGCUAGAGAACAUGCUGAAGCCGUUCGGUCACGUCAUCUCCACACGGAUACUGAGGGACGCCAAUGGCCUGAGCAGAGGAGUGGGCUUCGCGAGGAUGGAGUCGACAGAGAAGUGCGACGUGGUGAUCCAAAAUUUCAACGGGAAAUUCUUGAAAACCCCUCCAGGCAUGACAGCCCCAGCAGAGCCCUUACUGUGCAAGUUUGCUGACGGAGGCCAGAAGAAGCGGCAGCCCCAGGUCAAGUAUCCCCAGAAUGGCCGACCGUGGACGCGCGAAGGAGAGAGCGGCAUGGCGCUGACGUACGAUCCCGCCGCGAUGCAGAACGGGUUCUACUCCUCACCGUACAGCAUCUCCACUAGACAUCAGAUCACGCCCUUCAUCGCUGCCUCUCCUGUCUCCACAUAUCAGGUCCAGAGUACAUCUUGGAUGCCACAUCAACAGUAUGUUAUGCAACCUACAGGUGCUGUGAUCACCCCAGCGGCGGCCAUCGAGCCCACUCUGUCUCUUCACCCCUCCAGCGUCAUGGCUCCUCUCACCCAACAGAUGAACCACCUCUCUCUGGGCACCACAGGCACCUACAUGCCGGCUGCAGCUGCUGCUCCUAUGCAAGGAACCUACAUUCCCCAGUACACUGCAGUGCCUGCCUCCGCCAUCACCGUGGAGGGCGUGGUGACAGACGCCUCCGCCCAGACGGCCGCCGCGUCCCCGCAGGACGGCAGCGGGCAGCAGCCUUUGCCAGUGGAGAGCGCGGGGGACCACGCCACGGCCUACUCGUACCAGCAGACGAAGUGAGUGCGGCGAGGAGGCGCCCGUUUGCUGUUACAGCUGCUCCAGAGAUAACGAGAUUGGGAGGAAUCAUUCCCGCAUUGCCUUCAGAAGGACUACACUGAGGAGACGGAGACGCGGAGGGAAUCUGAAUGGAGUGGUGUGGACGACACUGAGGGGAGAAUGCUUCCACUGUGCACAGGCACCAAAUAAAAGACAAAAUGAAGAAAAAAUCUAUUAUAUUUCGUACCUGGUUGAAGCGAGAAGUGCCGGUUGGCUUGCUGAACCUGAGGACAAAGAAAUCAAACGCAGUCUGCAACUUUAAGUUUAUCAUUUCUCACCGUGAGACUGGACUGACUCCAAGGGGAAAGAGAGAAGCUGUAGACUGAAUAGAUUCAACCAACAAGCUGUACAGAGAAAAAAGAGAACGCUUGAAUGUGCAGGUAGAUUUUCAGACCUUUUUUAUUAAAAAAAAAAGAACAAAUGAAGGAAGCAAAGUCUAGAAAAAAACAGGUCGUCUUCCUUUGAUAUUAAGCUAUAUUAUUUUCAUUCUUUUUAUUAUUUGAGUAGUUUUCUAGAAUAUCAAUGUUUUCGUAAAAAUCUUUAUUGCCUUAAUUUUCUCAAAGUUUGGGAAAAGAAGUUUCCACCGUUUUGAAUUUAGAAAAAAAAAAAGUCUGUGUGGUUGAACAGUUUGAGUUUUCUUGGAGUUUCUACGAGUCUCUGAGACGAGACCCACAAAGCGAAGCUUAUCUGUACAGGAUGAAAAAACAAGGUUGUAUUUGUAUGAAGACGAUUUUAAAUAAUGUGGUGCAGUGCAGACGAUGUUGGUCGGUAGGAAUAAGCAUCUUCAGUGUGACUUGUGGGACGGGUCAGUUUGGCUCAGUCAGAAAGGUUGUAUUUCUCCAUCGCAUUUGUACAGUUUCGUUGUUUUGUUUUUCCGAUCGCGGUCUCUUUCCAAAUGGUUUUGCUUUUUGCCUGCUUUGCUUCUGUCACUGCAGCAGGACGAGUAAAACAAGUACCGUUCCUGGACACACGCAGGGAAAAGCAAUAGUUUUAGUGGAACCGGUGACAGUUUCUUGAGUCUUUCUCACCUGUUGAUCAAACACAGAUGGCGUAUUUCAUACCAAAGAUGAAGAAACUAGUUAGUGAAGAGAUCUUCCUCGACUUUUAUUAUUUCACCUCUGAAGCUAAGAUUUAUUUGCCUGUGUGUUUUUGCUGCCAGUGUGAGAGAUGAUUUUUUUUAUCAGUCACUGAGAACAUGCAGUUUGUCUUUAACAUAAAUGCCUCAACUCGAAUAUGUAUUUCUGACAUUCUGUUUGCCAAUCUGGGUCGUAGUCUUUAGGUUCAGCUGUGGAGAGGUGAGUGUUCUGAAAAGGCAGAAUGACCUGUGGAACCUAAAAGCUGACGCUGCGACUUGUUCUAGUGGCUUUCUUUGCACGCGCUGUUGAAACGUGAGCAGGAGGAUGAUCUCCAUUAAAGGUAAAGGGCAUUUCUGUUGAACAAAGUGUGUACUCCUGCAAACACAAGGAGCAGUUUUCCUUUCGAACCGUCUCGUGUUGCAUUUUUUUCGCCUUGUUUGAGAGCUGAUGACGUCGCGUGAGCUGCUAAAUACAUCCGUGUCGGGGGUCGGAGGUCGUCUGGCUCCGGGUGGGUGUGAAAUAGGUGAAGCUGGAAUAAAAAUAGUCAGACAACAAGCUAUGGGCUGUAAUGGACUCCAGUCUGAAGUCACCCCCACCCACGUGACCAGCGAUAGGAAGCUGAUGGAAACAAAGCACGGUCCAACCAAACUCAAGCAGAUACAGUACAAACCUCUUGUGGAAAGUAAAUUAUAGAAAGAAGAGAGCGAGAAGAGAGAGAGAGUAAGAACAAAAGUAAUAUUUAUGAGAUCAUUUUUGUACAGCUGUGUAAAAGAAGAUGCAACAGAAAUAACUUUGAUGAUGCUAUUUUUUUAUUUGCUUGGUCACAUGCCUACCAUAUCUUUCAAAUUGUGAUUCUGAGAGUGUCUGUAGAACCAGUGGAUAUUGCUGUAGUUUCAAACGCCUCGUUUCUUUGUUCUUUGUUUUCUUUUUAGACAAACCUUUCAAUAAAAAAUGUUUCAAACA